GGAAGACAUCAGUUGUGCAAGAGAAGGCUGAAGUAUCACAAUGAUCGGAAGAUUAAUUCCUUUGAUUCUUCUAAGUACAUUGUCUGUGACUGAAAUGAAUGAGGUUCCUCAGCAGAUCUCUGUAACUGUGGCUAAACUUGGAGAUAAUGUGACUCUGACAUGUAAAAUCCCUAGGGAUAAUGUUGGGUUGUCUUACUGGUAUAAGCUGAAUUAUGGAUAUAUGGUUCAAACAGUUACUACAGGAACUAAUGAAAAAAUAUCACUCAAUGGACAAUUUAACAACUCAAGAUUCAAUGCCACAAAAGUGGGUAAUGUGCUUUCUCUUACCAUAAGAAAUGUAAGCAAAGAAGAUGAAGCAACGUACUUCUGUCAAACAGGAUCAUCAGAGAGUAUGACAUUUAAAAAUGGCACAAUUGUGGCAGUGAAUGAUCCUAAAACCCAGCAGAAAUCUAUCACCGUGAAACAAACUCCAGAUAUGGAGUCAGUCAAUCUGAGUGAGCCAAAGACUCUACAGUGUUCGCUCCUGUCUAAGGACAAAAAUGGAAAACAUCAUUCCCCAAAUGAAGACAAAGUGCACUGGUUUAAAGGUGCAUCGGAAUCCCAUCCAGGCAGCAUUUACCACGGCAGUCUCAGAAAUAAAGAGGACGGGAGAUGUGACUACAGUCUGUCCAAAACGAUAACAAAUUCACCUGAUGCUGGGAUGGACUACUGUGCUCUGGUCACAUGUGGAGAGAUCCUGUUUGGUAAAAGAACUAAAGUGGAGAUAGGUAUGUUUUAACGUAUUAUUAACAUCUUGAUUUAUAAUUUAUAAUUCCUGUGAGCUUGUUAUGAAUAAACAAGAUAGAUUCUCAGGCCUCUAAAAUGAAUUUGAGUUAGAUCGACUAGAGUAUUUGUAGCCGCUAAGACUGGUGGACCUAAAUCUUCACCACCACGUCUGGUAUACAUACAAGCGAAAAAGGGGAGUGGGUGGGUCAGCGCUCGGGGCACAGAAACUUAACUGGCUUCAAACACCAUUUAUUUCCAUAAAAAAACACAGCCAGAGUCACAAAUACAAGACAAAAUUCCCCGUAUACAAUAAAAAUUGUGUUGCAACCCGCUAAAAACCC